UUUGACUGCAAGUUCUUCCCAUUUCUUUCGCCCACGUUUCGCUUUCACUACCACGAGUUCCCAACACCCAAAUCUAAGACGCAGAGAGAGAGAGAGAGAGAGAGCAGCAGCAGCAGAGAAAGGAAGAACUGAUAACCCACCAUGAGUUUGAGUGCCCACCUUCUCUCCCCAUUCUUCAAACCCCACUCUUCCCCCAGCAUUAUUUCCCCUCCUCGCCCCCCUCCAUUCAAUCCUCAACAUCUCAGUACAAGGCCGUCUCUGCUCAACGACAUUCUCUCCUUAUCCCUCGCUUUCGCCCUUUCUCUUUCUCUUCCUCUUCCUUCUGUGGCAAUCCCUUCUCUCACCUCUCAGCCUCAGCCCUCUCUGCCCACCACUCCCUUCUCCCAAUCCAAGAACUUGCCUACCGGAUUGGAAAAUGGGAAAAUUAGACCUUGUCCAUCAAUAAACCCCGGUUGCGUGUCGACAAAUCCAAAAUCAUCAUCAUUCGCGUUCCCUUGGGGGAUUCCUGAAAGCAGUACAGGGAACGCGAUUCAGAAUUUGCAAGAAGCCAUCCUGGAAACGCAGAAAAAUGCAAAGAUUCAGAUCGUUGAAGAUACCCCGAAUGGCCUGUAUCUGCAAGCCGAGGUUGAUGGAGGGUUUGGCCGAGAUGUGUUGGAAUUUUUGGUAAAAGGAGACGUGGUUACUUACAGAUGUAUGGCUACAAAGGUGACCUAUAUCUACCCCUUCACCACAGCCUUAGGCGAUUCCAAGGGACAAGAAGAAAGAAUGAAGAAGAUCAUGGACCAGCUAGGGUGGUCGGCUCCAAGUUUUGAUUCCAUGGAUUAAAUUGUUGCUCAACUAUGUGAUGCAAGGAACUUGAUUGUAUCAACCUUUCUCUGACGGUUUGCAUUUAUCCAAUUAUAGAUAGGAAUCUGUUACAAUGGACCCAUUCUAACUUGUUUGCUGUAGAAAAGUGGAACCUCUUGUGCAUUUUUACUUCUUGCCAUCCAUAAACCCAUUUGAUUGAGCUUCUUUGCUGCUCCAUUGUUUUUGCCUUUUGGUGUUGAAAUGCCAUUCUCCAUUGCUGCUGUGAA